CUGUUUCAUUAUGGUAGUCGUCCCAAGAAGCGGCUCGUAAAGCAGGAAUCCAGACAGGAUUAUCAACAACAGACACCGCCGAGCUGCCGGGAGAUAUUUCCACCUUCGGUCCGCUUCAGACCUCCGGACCGCGUCGACAUUUCCCUCCAGACCGCCGCGAGCAGAGCGGGAUUUUUACAUGGCAGCCGGCUGCUCGGCCCUCCUACUCUUUCCCGGUACCGUGCAGCUGCAGCAUCCGUCAUCUCAGCCUCCACACUGACGGGAUGACGGAGGGAACCGAGCCUCCGCACGUAGGUUACCGGCACGGCGAGGCGACGUUCAUGGACUGCAGGAAUUUCUAAAACCGCUGUAGCAGGGACCCGGAGAGCUGAAGUGGCUUCAUUUUUCAGCAGUGAGACUUUUUCAUCUCUAAGCCACUGGAGCUGGUGGGAUUUUGGAGUUUUUCUUUUAGGCUUGUGGAAGAAUGGAGGACGCUGAACGGAUGGGAAACGUGGCCCGUAGAUAAUAUUUUCUCUAUGUUUGUGUAAUAACCUGAGGUCUGCAGUCUUCAUCAGGGUGAAACCUGGACAGCAGAUUAAAUCAGAGUCGCCCAAAUUUUUUAUCAGGUCAUCUAUAACCCAUAGGAGACACUCUGAUCAUUCUGGCACCAUGAUGGUGGAAGCCACCAUCACCUUGUGUCUCAGGACUACUACAAUCUAACAGACACUUUAGUUCCCCUGUGGGAAAGAUCAGAGUACCUGGUGGUCCUCCAGCAUCAUGGACUACCACGCGGAGUGCUGCUUCUGUGAUCCUGAGGAGGGUCACGGUGGUCCGGAUGAGCCACCGCUCCACAGUAUCCACGCGCCCAACCGGAUCCGUCCGUCCUCCUACCGAGCCCUGAGGAGUGCUGUGUCCAGUCUGGCCCGCAUUGAUGACUUCUUCUGUGAGAAGAUCGGCUCAGGUUUCUUCUCUGAGGUCUUCAAGGUGCAGCAUCGGAUCACAGGACAGGUGAUGGCACUGAAAAUGAACACACUGGCCAGCAACAAAGCUAACAUGCUACGAGAAGUGCAGCUCAUGAACCGCCUUUGCCACCCCAACAUACUCAGGUUUCUUGGGGUUUGUGUUCACGAAGGUCAACUCCACGCUCUGACUGAGUAUAUAAACGGAGGCAACCUGGAGCAGCUGUUGGACAGUGACCUGUACCUGUCGUGGUGCGUCCGGAUUGGUCUGUCUCUGGAUAUUGCCCGAGGGCUGCAGUACCUGCACAACAAGGGCAUAUUCCACAGAGACCUCACCUCCAAGAACUGUCUUGUUCGCUGUGAUAACGGAGUUUUCACGGUUGUGGUGGGAGACUUCGGCCUGGCAGAGAAGAUCCCUGAUUAUAGUGACGGUGUGGGGAAGCAGCCUCUGGCCAUCGUGGGCUCCCCGUACUGGAUGGCCCCUGAAGUCCUGAGAGGAGAGCUGUACGAUGAGAAGGUGGACGUGUUUGCGUACGGUAUCAUCCUGUGUGAGAUCAUCGCCCGCAUUGAAGCUGAUCCUGACUUCUUACCCAGGACAGAGGACUUUGGUCUGGACGUGGAGGCAUUUGAGAACAUGGUUGGGGAUUGUCCUGCUCCAUUUUUUAGCCUCGCUGUCACCUGCUGUAACAUGAGCGCAGAGAGGCGACCCUCGUUCUCAGACAUUGUGUUCACGCUGGAGGGCAUGGAUAGACAAGAAGAGAGAGAGAAGCCCAUUGCACUUGAGCCGGUGGCGGUAGACGUCAGCCCGUACCGGCGCUGCAGCUCUCCUUGUCACCCCGGUGACCGCAGCCAGCAACGGCAAGGCUUGGCGAGAAGCCAGUCGGACAUGUUACCCCCUGCAACCCUAACCCCUCCUCUCCUUGGGACACCUGCGCGGGUGAAUCCCUUCUCUCUCAGACAGGACCUCAAUGGGGGGCGGUGUAAACUCUUAGACACUCCGAGUAAGUCCGUCAUCUCCCUGACCUUCACCCUCCCAGCGCUUCGUGACCCGUGCUCCUCCCCCCAUCUUCUCAGAGGGAUGCCGGGGACACGAGCGCUGCCGAGGAGGUGCAGGUCACUCCCUUGUACUCCAGAGCUCAGCCGGACUGUAGCCUUGUUAAGAGACAAUGAGGGGAAGGAAGACAAUGAAGAGGACGUAAGAGUGGUGAUGAAUAGAGUGACAGGGGAGGAUGAGGACGACGAAGAGAAGACAGAGACAGCAGAUGGAAGGAGGCAGGUAGAGCAAAUGGAAAUAACUAUAAAGAGAGAGGUGUUAAAGGAGGAGGACGAGGUGGGAGAGGAUUCAGGUCUUCCUGUGGAGCUGGAGAUGGUGUCUCUGGAGCGGUUAGAGGAGCAGGAGGAAGAGGAGGAAGAUGAGAGUGUGUGUCUAACAGAACCCAUGGACUGCACCAAGUCUCCUGAGCCAGCAGAGGUUGUCACGGACUCCACACCUGGACGCCCCCUGCUCACCUCCACUUCCUCCUCCUCCGUACAAACCAACGGCUGGCGACUUCCCAUCUCCAACGGACCACCCUCCUUGCCCGCUCUGCCACGACUGGACAACAACAACGGCUCAGCGCUUGUCAUUGGCCAGCAGGUGCAGUGGGGCGUAGGAGGGCGAGCUAACGGUUACAGCGGAGCCCAGUCCUCUGACCCUAACGGCCCCUCUGAGCAGGACGAGGUCAUUUCCUGUCCGGGCUGCUGUCUGGUGGGUUUUAGCUUUCCCUCUGUGUGCCUCCGUGGUUCAGCUGCCGUGCCUGCCCCCCGCCGAAGGGCUUCGUUACCGCGGCAGCGACCCUACCGGAACCUCAACGGCACCAUAACUGGUGGCAGUGCUUCCCCGUCAACAACAGCGGCCACAGCAACCAAAGCUCUGCUGUGUCGCAGCACAAAUGGACUAAUAGUGGGUGGGCCGUCAGUGCCAUGUGAACCAGGCCGGUCCCUGCCGGAGGCCCAGACAUAAGCCUGCUCACUGGGGAUUUGGUUUUGAACCCGUGACACGCACCAGCACUUAAUGUCAGCGGAAAAACAUGGCAACACAAAAGGUUGCUAUGAUAAUACCAGGAAUACUGACCCCAGCUCUGAGAUGUGUUGUUAACUCUGUGCAGUCACAGUUUGGGAUUAGAGCGCCACCUGGUGGGCUGGAGGAUGAAACACGACCAAAUCACUCUGACAGUGAAGAACAUGGUGUAAUGUAAGUGGUGGCUAAAAGGCAGAACAUUUAACGGUUGGGGUUAACGACACAUUUCUUUUGCUGGAGUGGUGCUGAUCCAAACAGAGCAGCUAGUCUGACUUACGGCGACGCUCGCCUAAGCUCUACUGAACCAAAUCUAACUGAACUCAACUGUGCUGGCUUCAAUUUUGGAGGCUGUCAUAGAAAAAACAUGUUUUUCGGGUUUAACAAGCUAAUUUUAAGUACACUUGCAGUUAAUUACAAGUUAUUCGUAGUCGUGGUCAUCGUUUUGUUAGUAACAAUACAAUAACAUACUCACCAAUUUAAUUGCUGAGAUCUGUGAAUAUGCGACAUUUUGAAAAAAGUCAAACUACUUUGGAAGGAUUGCGAGAAAAAAAAAGACCAACCGUCUGUAAACUGUAAUAGAUGUUUACAGUACACACGGGUCACUUUUGCUCUGCUCGGGAUUUUUGCCCUGUCAGAUUUCGGGCAGUGCCUAUUCAGAAGAGGCUGCGUGUGUGGCUCGUGGUAUUGCUGCUUGCAGUCUUCUUGCAAACAACAAACAAACAACUUCACACUCUUUCUUGGGUCCUUAACAGCUAUAGAUUUAGAUACAAGGUACAAGGUAUGUUUAGGUAAGUACAAGGUAAGUUAAUUGACAGGUUAUGUUGCUAUUCUUACUCAUUGUUUGCCAAAAUAACAUUCAAAAGAACUCAAAACUACAUGCAACAUAACAGUAUUUAUGCGUUUUUCCAUAUUGGAUUGAAGAUAUUUAAUUUUGAACAUUAAAAAAAUGGUUUUUUUUUCAUAUGAAAAAGACAAACAAACAAAAAUAAUAGUUUACAUAUGUAAAAGAUUUUCAAUAAGCAACUUUAACUUACAUCUCAUGUCCAAAAAUGAAUAAGAGGAGGCGAAAUGCUUGUCUUGUCCCACCCCUGCUGUAUUCUAACCGAAUUCUGCUUCAGAGGAAAACCGUGUAACAUUAACCUGACAGACACACACUACUGGUUACCUUGCAGAUGCAGAUUUUACUCUUGAUUGACUUUAUUCUAAGUCCCGCCCCUCGAAGGCAGACUGGCCAAUCAUAGCGUGGCAUCAGCCAGCUCCGACAACUUCUCGGCAGUGCAUCAUUGACUUUCAUACACCUUUGUCAGAUUUUCUUCUUUUUCGGGCUGGUUUUGUAGAUUUCGAGCUAAACGUUGUGUCUGGGAUUUGUGUAAUAACGAGAGAGGUUUGGAGGAGAUAAACAAUUUUUUCCUGUUUCUAAAUCAGACUCAAACCCUGAAAAGUUUGGGGUUAGCCAGCCAGCUAGCGAGCUACUAAAGAUAAAACCGUAUCCUGAAGAAUGUACACAUGCUGCUUUUGGUUUUUUUUUUUUAAGAAUUAUUACUGUGAUUAAAGCCUUGUCCUCCUUUUCAGAAAAAAUGGAGGAAAUUGGGGAAACUUUGAUGAUUCUCCACCAGCUUUGUGUCAUCGUAGUGUUUGUUAAUAUUGAAUGUGUCGCGUGUCCAAAGUGCAACAAAUUCGACAGUGCACAAUUUUGUGUCCCUAGCAAUAAUACCGCCAGUGUGAAGUAGAACGAAUGUAAGGUUCUCGAGCUCUGCGAAGCGCACAUACACAGAGAUGUGUUGCUUUCUAGUUAGAUGUCACCAUGUUCCCACUUCUCAGCAAUGAUUUCAGUAAGUAUAGAUAUAAACGAUGGCCAACGCUACAAUAAUAAGUUAAAAAUCCUUUAAUAUGUACAGUGCUUUUUGGUAACGGUGGUUGGGGAAUGAACAUUUUGUAAUUUAAUGUCCCUCCCUUUAUGGAGGCAGGUUAGGAGAAAUAAAUAAGCUCUUUUGUUUUGCAUGGCGGCGCCUGCAUGGCGUCGCUCUGCAGGCCCACUACUGAUGGAAACACUGCCGCAGUGCAGCGUUAAGCGCGGGCUCUAUACAGACACAUGUAAAGCACAGUGUGGCUGCAGGUUUGAAUCAGAUGAAGUGAAAACACUGUUUUUGAUUAUAUUUAAUUGAUUAACGGUAGCUACAGGGGGAAUAUUUAUAAAAUGAAUAAAGAUGAUUUACUUCUGACAUUUUUAUAGCAGUUGACCUGUGUGUGUGUGUGUGUGUGUGUGUGUGUGUGUGUAUGACAGAGAGCGAGAGAGAAGCUGAUAUCUUUUGCUUUGGGGGACUUAUCCUGGGCAUGUCAUGUAAAUUGUUUAUUUUUGCACUUCAGUUUCGGGGCACUUUGCAGUAAGACACCAGGCUUCUACUAAAUGGUGCUUUAUUUAAAUAUGUGCUUCUGGUGUUUUAUAUGUAUAUGUGUGUGUGAGCGUGAGUGUGUGUGUGUGCGUGUGCGUGGUUCUCGCCCAAUAAACUACACACCUUUCAUCCUCUGACUUCUACUCCCCCUCACAUGUAUCUCGUGUGUGUACAUGUGCACUUUGAUUACACUGUUGUAACUUAAAAAGUGGUAUGUGAAGCAGGUAUGCGUAUUUAUUGUACAGAUCAUUCCACACACUGUGUGUGUAUGUGCUUUUGAGCGAAAGGUAGAGUGAUGGAUACUCGCAGGAUAACUUUAAUUUAUCCCGUCAUUUCUCAUGUUCAACGAUGAAUCUGGCUUCAUUUCUAUGUUCUGUUCUUCUAUACAGCUAGAAACCUGCGUGCAAUAAUCUGGUAAUAAACAAAUAUGGUUGUGCAUUA